AAAUUUCUAUCAUAAAAGCAGUACGGACAGUACACGCAGCAGAACUUCCAAUAUCAGUCACAAGUCAGCGACAACAAGUUCGAUUUAUUUCACGCGUUGUGUACGUGUAACGCUAGUGAGCCUAUACAGUAAUGUUAGAUUAGUUGGACCUACGGUUGGUGAGAGAGAGAGAGAGACGUGUUUGUUUUGUUUGGUGAGAGACUAGCAAUAUUAGGUCGUUCGAUAUAAAGUGGAAAGAUAGGCCGCUUAUCAAACGUGACUAUCUUCACUUAUCUCUGUUCGUAAGAUUAAACAUGUUCUGUAAACGAGAUAAAGUGUUCAAGCGUGGGACAUUCGUACAAGUAUUACUUAACAGCUCAGUACCAGCAGCAGACCUGCCAAGUACUAGUCAGCAUUACAUCAUCAGGAGGGUGUCGAGAUGAGCUUAAUGUUUGUAUUGAGAUAUGGCAUGCGGAAAGCAGCUAAAAUGCUGUGGCGAGAAGGAGAACAUGGAUGGGCCCUGACUGUGGUGGCAGGGAUGUGCACCAUCUAUGUGAUCAGGAAGGUGUACCAGGAAUCUCGGAGACGGCGACUCAGGAAGGAGUGGGAUGGCACAGGACAGGAUGUGGUGCUGCUUCACCAGUUCCGGAGAGGAAGAUUCUGCCCAAACCUCAGUCCUUUUGCACUUAAGGUGGAGGCCUUCCUAAGGCUGGCAAACAUCAAGUACAAGAUAGAUGAGGAAACUCCAUUUGGGCCUAAAGGAAAGUGCCCAUGGAUCACGAUCAACAAAGAAGACAUUGCUGACUCUGAGAUGGUUCUGGAUGACCUGACUGAGCGCUUCAGUGUUCAGCUGGAUAGCCAGCUUGAGGCUCGUGAGGCAGCGGUUGUAGAGUCUGCCAGAGUGUUGGCAGAUGAGCAUCUUUUCUGGUGUGUCAUUGCAUGGAGAUACUGGCUGGAUGGCUGCAAAACUUUCCUCAAGACACAGACAUUUGACAGAUUCUUAAGAUUCGUUUUUCCACUCUUUUUGAAGAGAGGGACAAAGAACCGUUCAAAAGAACAAGGUUUGGGGGUUCAUUCACCAGAGGAGAUCUAUCAAAUCUGUAAGAAAGAUUGCAACACCCUGGCUGGCAUCUUGGGUGACAGGCCAUUUUUUGGUGGAGAGAACCCUUGCCGAGCAGAUUGUGGAGUGUUUGGUCAGUUGGCCCAGCUCAUGUGGAAUGCUCCAGGCACCCGCUAUGAGGCACUUCUUACAGUAGACAACCCAAGCCUGGCCCUCUACUGCUUCAGGAUGAAGGACAAAGUCUUUCCUGAUUGGGAUGAUCUUCUUGCCCACCCAAUUUAAAAUUCAAGAAGCAAACAAUCCAGACCUGCUCUGCUAUGGCAGAAACAUAACAUGGCACAGUCUUUCAUUCAACCAGUGCCACUUUUCCAGUUUUUAACUCAAUUUCGUAAUGUCUAGUAUUUAAAUUAGGGAUUGGAUCAUCUGUAUAUAUCCCUUAAAAUAAAUUAGCAGCUAAACUUUAUCAUUUUAUAACUAGUUCCUCAAAACAUUGAAAAUGGUUUUGACUAUAAAAAUUAUAUAGGCCUGAUCAGUUUCCAGUGUCAUUUAUUACAAAACUCUCCUUUACUAUUGGAAUCCAUUCACUCUGGCGCGAUCACAAUGAUAUUGUUUACAAUGAAACUCAAGAUAUAUAAGAUUCUUGUGCUGGGUUAUUAAAUGUUUAAUGGUGGUUGUCCAGAAUGUGGAAUGUAAGGCGAGUAUGUACAAUAUUUUAACUUUGUAAGUGUAAUAUGUGUGUAUCUUCAAUAAAGGUGAUAAAUUUA